AAGAAGUUACGCAUGCGUGAUGAUGACUGCGAUUUGCGACCGAACGGAAAAAAAAAGCCGGAAUUUCAACUCCGGCGUUUCCCUUGGAAAGCCCAAGUAAAUAUGUAAAAGGAUUUUGGUGGUUGUGAGAACUUGAAGAAAUGUAAAGUUGCCAUCUCGGCAGAGUGACAAAACUAAUCUCUAUCUCCUAUUUGGCUUCGCGUGUUUGAAGGAAGAACAGUCCCAAAAUUAAAGCAUGUGUAUCUUGAGAUAAAGAGUACGUCGCAAAUGAACAUAUUAACUUUUGUAUGCAUUGCGGACCUCUGGAAAUGACAGUGCAGUAGACCGCUGGAUUGUUUUCAGUUCACCCACGUGGGAGCUAUACCAACAUGGCAGCCGAAUUAUGUGGCAAUUCUUGAACCCCAAACGGAAUUCGAAGUUAAUUUCGAAGUUGUCAUUAUGGGGAAAGACAAGAAGGGUAAAAAACGUUCGACCGGCUUGACAGAAGAUAUCCUUGAAUCAAAAAGUGUUAGACCUUCAGGAAGAACGAAACAACGAAAGGAUAGACAGGGAGAAUCGGAAGACACGUUUGUUGAAGAAAAGCUAUCAAGAAAAAUUCUAGAACAGGCAAGAAAGCAACAAGAUGAAUUGGAAGCAGAGUUUGGUGUGGCUUCUGGCUCAAACAAAUCAUUAAAGACAGCACAAACACGUCUAGGUCCACCUGAGUUACAAAAUUUGGAUGCAGACGAGUUGGAAUCAGAUGAAGAUGAUGCAGCAUCAGUUGCUAGUGAACAGUUCUAUGAAAACAUUGAAGUUGAUGAAGAAGAUGAACAAGCAUUUGAAGUAUUUAUGUCAAAAGAUACACCAGCUAGGAGAACUCUGGCUGAUGUGAUCAUGGAAAAAAUUCGAGACAAGAAGACAGAAAUAGAAAGUCAAAUGUCAGAAAGAUCUACAGCUCCACAGAUGGAUGAGCGGCUUGUUGAAGUUUUCAAAGGUGUUGGACAAAUCUUGGCUAAAUACCGAUCUGGGAAGUUGCCAAAGGCUUUUAAAGUUAUUCCAUCUCUCUCGAAUUGGGAGGAGGUGCUGUAUAUAACAGAACCAGAGAGGUGGACUGCAGCAGCCAUGUUUCAAGCAACAAGGACAUUUGUGUCAAAUCUCAAUGUUAAGAUGGCUCAGAGAUUCUUCAACUUAGUGUUAUUACCAAGAGUGAGAGAUGACAUUACAGAGUACAAACGACUCAACUACCAUUUGUACAUGGCUUUAAAUAAGGCAUUAUUCAAACCUGCUGCUUUCUUCAAAGGAAUUUUAUUACCCCUGUGUGAGUCACGAACAUGUACCUUGCGAGAAGCAAUCAUCAUAGGAAGUUUGAUCUCCAAGACUAGUAUACCAGUUUUACACUCCAGUGCUGCUAUGUUGAAAAUUGCUGAAAUGGAUUAUUCAGGUGCAAACAGUAUUUUUUUGCGGCACUUUUUUGACAAGAAAUACGCGUUACCCUACAGAGUGAUUGAUGCUGUCGUUUAUCACUUUUUACGGUUCUUAUCUGAUAAGCGUAUUCUUCCAGUCCUGUGGCAUCAAAGUUUAUUGACAUUUGUUCAGAGGUAUAAAGAGGAUGUAUCCAGUGAACAGAAAGAAGCUUUGAUGGAAUUAUGUAGAUCACAGGUCCAUGAUCAGAUUACCCCUGAAGUUCGUCGAGAGUUGAGCCACUCCAAGUCAAGGGAUGCAGAAAUAGAGCCCAUGGAUGUUUAAAAGACAUUUCUUCUCUACAUUAAUUGUUUACUCCUUAGCUGCAGAACUAAUUCGAAUUUCCAGAAAUGGAACUACCGUCGAACAGACUGCCCAGAGUACAUGAUUAUCCAAAAAACUGGAAUUAACCCCAAGGGUUUUGUUAUGGCGCAGAACGCUUGACAUUUAAACAAGCCAAAGUGGUUGUUAGCAACAAUUUGUGCUGCAAAAAUGGGUCAUCGUACAUUUUAUCUCUUUCUUAAAUGUUUAUGCAAACUAUUCGUGUUGCAGCGAAUAAGUGGUGAUAAAACGGAUCUUUGCCGGAAUUGUCUCGACCAUGUGGGUAUAACAAGUCUACGAGGGUCUACGAAAUCGCUGUUUUCGUCCAUCUCUGGAAUUUCGUUAACUCUCCAACUUUUGUGAUCAAUUCAAAGAGGAGAUACGAAUACUUGUACGUGAGAAUGUUUCUAGCUUACCUAUGGAACGAUUCAAAAGAGAGUUUGCCACUUUCAUGACCUGCAAAUAGCUCUUUUGCAACCAACGAAUAACUACAGGUCACAGACUGAGAGCUUUGAAGUUAGAUGAUACUUUGAAAAUCCGUCCAAAGAUAAACGAGCUCAGAGUGCCUCUUUGAGUUAGUUUUUUUCUAUUAAAAAAAGUAACUCUA